CCAUUCACUGUUCCCAUCCCUUUUACGCGUUGCGUGAACAACCUGGAAACAAACAAACAUGUCUUCCGCAAGGGCAGUGCGUAUUCGUACAGGGACAAAAUUAAGCUCCCGCCCGCGCCAUCAUCCCUGUCAGCCUAAACAUACGAGGUACGAGGGCGCUGCUUGGCUGGCCACGACGGCCCGGAUCGAAAGUGGCAACCCUAGAGAAAACGACCUGAGAGAAGCGACGCGAAAAGAAGGCUGCGGCUCACGGGAGCCAAAUGCUGUCAACCCAAAGUCUCAACCUUGGUCGUUCAAAGGGCAGUAGAAGGCGCGCGGGGGAGGGGGGGGACAAAGGACAUCGAAUCGUUAACCUGCUUAGCCAGAUUGUAUUGUAUUAUUCGAUUCUGAUCAGAUUUAGGUUGCGACCCUACUUUUCGGAUAACUUUGUCCCUCAAACCAACACACUUGCGGUACCAUGUGCUUAAAAAUCAGCACUGAGACGAUGAUGCGGUUACGAACCCUCUGCCUGCCCAGCACCUCGUGCUCCGUCUCGCCCUCCAUCUCGUCGACGAUCCCAUCGGGGUAAAGGUGUCGCUGCCGUGACACUCAUCUUGCCCUUCUCGGGGCGCCGUAUGGUUUCCCAAGCGACAGCACCUAACCACCAUGACCUCGACGUCAACGUCGGAGGAUCCCUGACUGGGCCGGAAACACCCUCGUCCACCAUCGGAACCUCUGGCGAGUUCGAUACCGUCUUGGUGACUGUCGGAGCCCUGUGCAUCGAGGACGCGGAUGCCAGUGCUGCCGCCAUAUUGGUCCUCUCUGUGUCUGACCGAGACUUGUCUUGCCCGGCCGAGUCCCUCGCGAUCGGCAUCCAUCUCUUAACCCGAGAAGCCCACGUGUAACAAUUGUUCGCACCUUCGCCGCCACCGCCGCCACCACCGCCACCGACCCU